AUGAAGAACAAAGUUGAUACAAACAGAUUAGUGAGGAAAAUUAGGAUUGUUUGUAAUGAUCCUGAUGCUACUGAUGAUUCCUCGGACGAUGAGAGGAUCGAUGAUUCGAGGUGUAAGCGUUUCGUUAGAGAGAUUAAGUUGCAGAUUGGCAACUCUUUUAAUCUUACAAAAGCCUCUGAGAUUGAAUGUUCAUUUCAAGAUAGUAACAAUGGAGAGAAAAAAACAAAGAAAGAGGGUUUAGUUAAACCCCUGAUUCAACCAAGGCCAGCAGGGGGUUUAUUAUCGAAAUACAAAGGUGUUCGUCAACGAAAAUGGGGAAAAUGGGCUGCUGAAAUUCGUGAUCCGUUUAAAGGCAGACGGGUUUGGUUGGGUACUUAUAAUACUGCUGUGGAAGCUUCUCGAGCUUACGAAUUGAAACGUCUUGAAUUUGAAACUAGGGCGAAGAAUAGUAGCACAAAUGUGUCUAGGGAGAGUUCUGGUUCAAUGGUCUCUGAGUAUCAAAAUCAUGGCCAAAAUGUUGCUAGUGGUGUCUCAGAGGACUAUGCAGAAAGCUCGGUAUCACGUACUUCACACUCCUUGUCAUCAUCAUCAGUUCUUGAAUUGGACACUUUAACUUCUGUAUCCGCGUCUGCUCCAAUUUUAAGACUUAAUGGCCUAAACGAUAAUGAAAAGGCGAGCAAUGUUGCGCCUUUGGAGGCUUAUGUUGUCGAACAAGAAGUACCUGAGUUGCCUAUACUGGAGGAAACUCUACCUCUGUCUCAAAUUGGUGAAAGUAUGGACCUUGAUUUGGAGCUCGAGUCGUUCCUCAUUGGCGCUGAUGAUUUCAAUCAGCAUUUGGAUGAGUUUGUUGUCAAUGAUUUUGAGGACCCUCCGGUUUGUCUGAUCGAGGGUGAUGAGCAGUUGCCUACUGGUUUACCUGAUUUUGAUGACUUCAAUUUUGAUGGCUACAAUGAAUCCUUUUCUUGGAUGGAUGAUGCUCCACGGACGAAUGGAACGCCCCUCAAUAUAGCAUGCCCGUAA